AUGACCCUGGCGCUGUGCACCCGAAUCCCUCACCGUUACUUGGUGAUCAUACUCAGUUUCAUCAUCAUGAUGGUCACUGUUGGUUAUCGUGCUUGCUUCGCGCUAAUGGCCACUCACAUCUCCUUCUUCAACUCAACUGAUAAUAAUUCGACAUCUUCAGGCCGAGAUUCAAUUUUUCCUAGUUGCACUACAGCAGGGACCUCUCGAUCAAAAGUGGUGGACUGGAGUGGGUCGACAGUGUCUCUGUUUCACACAGCUUAUUUUGCCGGCCAGCUGGUGAUGUCGAUUCCUGCAGGAGCUCUUGCCAUGAAAACCUCACCCAAACGGUUAUUUGGUCUAACACUUCUUGCUACCAGUGUAUUGCAACUAGUUCUGCCUAUAGCUACAGAUGUCCAUGUGUCGCUCACUUUCGUCAUCAGAACAGUCCAGGGCAUGUUGGAGGCUGCUUCUGUUCCUGCUAUGAAUGCUGUCAUAUCGUCCUGGGCGCCAAAAAACGAAAAAGCCAGACUCAUUAAUUUUGCUUACUCUGGGGUCUACUUGAGCCCAGCCAUAGCCAUGUUCACAGCCGGGGCCACAGAGUGUUAUGUCAGCUGGGACAGCAUUAUGUACAUAUAUGGAUCAAUCGGAGCUGCCUGGUGUAUUAUGUGGAUCAUGGUUAUUGCGUCAAGUCCCGCCACACAUCCUAGAAUUCUCGAAGAAGAGGAGAGUCUGCUAAAGCGGAGUGGUGUUUCUACUACUACAAAAGCAAAUUCGAACCAGCCAGUCCCGUGGUGCAAGUUCUUCACAUCCAUGCCUGUGAUUGCCAUCUGGGUGGCUGCCUUCUGUCGUAAUUUCAUCUUUGCCUUGCUCAUCACAGAAGUCCAGCAGUACUACAAGGACGUCUAUGAUCUUCCAGCAUCUAUGAAUGGACUUCUCUCCGGGGUGCCUCAGAUAUUCAUGGUUGUGUUCAUGCUUGCUGGAGCCUGUGUGUUCGACAUGUUGGUGAAGAGAGGCAUUCUCAGUGUUACCAACACCAGGAAACUGGCCCAGUGUUCAGGAUUCGGAAUUCAAGGGCUGUGUACUCUGGCUAUAGGAUUCGUGGACAAUCACAUCCAAGCAUUUGUUCUUCUUAGUGUUGGCGUAGCUUUUAGCGGAUUUGCUAUUUCAGGUUAUCAGACGAACCCUUUAGACUUGGCACCACAGUUUGCAGGGCCUCUGACGGGGAUAUCUCGAACUGGAAUGCUUGGUUCAGUCAUCAGCACAACUUUGGCCUCGGUAAUGACUGGACAUUCACAUAGCUUGAUCGACUGGCAACGUCUGUUUAUCAUCGCCGGCUGUAUCCAUUUGGCAGGUGUCAUAUUUUAUGGGAUAUUUGCUUCUGGAAAUUUGCAGUCGUGGGCAAGUGACAGCAAGACAAUUAUAAACAAUGGAACUAAUUACGGUGCUGCUUCUGUUAAUGGCAUCAUCAGUAACGCGGACGGAACAGAUUAUGAUUCUCAGUACGAUGAGACAAAAGAACACAAAGAUAGUGAGUUAUACAACAGCGUUACUCUCCCUGCCACGAUUGAUGUCAAUGCUUCAUACCUUGUUCAAGAAUCUAAGACCAACGCACGCAACAGUUUCAACAACAGUAAGCAUCAAGGAAAAGGGUCGAACAAGAUAUCAUCUUAUGAUGAUAUUUACUAG